GAUUUUCGGUAGUAGAUCGAGACGUUGCCAGAGGCUCCACUCCGGCAGGACCAUUGUGUGGGUGGUUCUCCUCUCGAUAGUCGCUCGAGGUCGCGCUUUUACGGCAAUCGGCCAGCCGAUGUCGCACCUCAAGCAUCGCGUCAGCAAGAGCAGGCUGGCUAGCCCAGGAGGAUCACCACUGCUGUCGACACUCAACAGGCGGCCCACACCGCAGAUGACCGCGGGUAGCAGUGGCGAGGAGGAAGUGGGGUUUGUGGAGAAAGUCACGACAGCUUGGGGUACAGUUAUUGAACAGGGCGAUCCUGACGAUCUCCCCCCCUGCCCAUCUGGAGUGAGCGAUCUGGCCAAGCCCACCCAGGCGCUGAUCGUUGCGGGAGUGUUCGCAGGCCUCGGCGCCGGCACGAUCGCCGUGCUCGCGGGUCUCCAAUCCUUGGAGGCGGCGCUUCCGGCGGGGUGGUACGCCAUCUGGCAGUUCACCUGGGCGCCCCUCCUCGGCCUAACCUUCUCGGCCGCAGGCAUCGCCCACUUCACCCUACUCCGGGAGUUCUGCAACAUCUACCCGGGACGCGGCGCGUGGGGGUUCUGGUACCUCCCGGGAACCUCCAGCUUUCACGUCAAGUGGACCGGCAUCGCGGAGCUGGCCGGUGGCGUUGGGCUAGCCCUCGGCGGGCUCGGGGUGGGCGCCGAGCUGGGCCUGGAGCGCGCGGCGGCGGCGGGGCUGUUCGCGCUGGUGCUGGCGGUAACCCCGGCCAACAUCUACAUGUUUUCACACGGGGCGCAGCUUCCGGAGGGGCUGGAAGUCCCGGUUUUCGGUCACGCGGUACGGGGGUUCUUUCAGUGCGUCCUGUUGGCUUUCUUUUGGACCCUCGCCAGUUCGUGAAGAGGGUUGGGGAUAGGGGAUGCCCUGUUGAGUUGGGUGCUGUAUUCCCCGUGCUGUGGAAAAGGCAAAGUGCAGGAUGCUCGCCCUUGAGAGUGAAACGGUUUUUUGCCCUUGGGCAGAGCGGCGACCGUCCGGUUGUUGCUUGAGAAGGGACGUCUUGGCGAGAGCGAAGAGUGCAUCAUCAUUACAGUCUGGAUUUUGAGGAGUGGGCUGUUCGCAAGAGUGGUCGAGAUAGUUUCGGUGUUGAAAAUCGAAAGUGGUGUAUGAUUGCGGGCCACAGCACACGAGUACACGCGUAUAUACGGCGGGGUCGGGUUGGCACGAUUUUGAAGAGAUGGUUGUGCAGAAGUUCUCUGGCCUACUUGUACAUUCCACGCUCCUGAUUUCUGCGGUGUGGGGCACGUGGGACGAUCGUGGAGACUGCGGCCAUCCUCCUUGACUUUUUCCGACAUCGUUCGCACUGCCUUACGCGUUUAUGCGCGGACGAGGUAUGAAGCCGAAGGCGUGGGGUGUCCAUGGCAUAACUUCCUUUAGUCUCCGGUCAAAUUUCUCAAGCUGUCACAGCCGUCGCUUCGAAGACGAGCUACUGCUGAAAGCCACGUCGUGCCGGGUAU